GACCAACAAUAUAAGCAUAAAGAAUUCCGAAAGAAAUCUGAAAGAUCGAUCGGCUUACAUCGAGGAGCAAUAUGAAGAAAGUCAAAAUACUGUGGCCAGACUCAAGGCCCAGUUGGAGGAGAGCGAAUGGAAGGUGUGUGAGAAAAACGGAGAAAUAGCUUUACUCAAAACCCAACUCAAAGAGGCAACGAACGAAUUAACCCUCAAAGAACACGCUAUAGUCCAUCUGAAACAUGAAAAUACCAAUGCCGAAACACAAAUUUACCAAAGUCUACAAGAGAACCAGAAAAUCACACAACAACAAAUGCAGGAGGUCGAACAAAAUGCCCAAUCGCAAAAAGAAACCCAAACGGAAUUGAAGCAGCUCAAUAAAAUCAUCAUUCUCAAGGAUCAGGUCAUAUUGGCACUGACCAAUGAAUUGGCCAAGCUGCGCAAGGAGCUAUCCGAUUUGGCAAUAUUUCAUGAAUAUGGUGAAGAACCAUCGGGUAAAUAUACACGACUGAAGCAGCAGCUGGACAAUCUGACAGAUAUUUGCAAUAAGACCCGCAAACACACCCAACAACGUAUUGAGAAUCAUAAAAACGAAGAGAAACAAGAUCAUCAGCCAGAAGCAACGGAAAAAGUUAUUGAUGAAACAAAUUUGGAGGUUAUCAUCAAUUGUUUGAAAAUCUCUCCGCCUCAGCUGGAGGAGGAGAAUGGCGUGGAGAAGGGCGAUGCGAAUUAUCAUGAACGUGAACUGAAUAAACUCAAUUGUGAGCUGCGUCUGGCAAAAAUGUCUUCGGAUAUACAGAAUUUUGUGUAUGGUUCACAGAACCUACCCGACAUUGCUUUGAAUACCAAACUUUCAACGAAGUUGGCCAAUUGUCCGCUCGAAGAGGCCACCUUAGACACCCUGAUUGAAGAAUCGGCCAGUUAUGCUGAAGAAAUUGCCAAAUUACGAAAACAAUUGGAUGUGGUGCGUGUCAAUUUCGAACAGGAGAAACGUCAGUGGUCAGCCGAAAAGGAAAAGGUACUGCAGUAUCAAAAACAGCUGCAAAGCCACUACAUUAGUAUGUAUCAGAAGUUACGGAAUCUGGAGAAAACCAAUGAGGUUUAG